AUGCAGCAGGGCCGCAACAGCAGCGGCGGCUUGCCAUCAGGUCCCCCCUCUGCUGUGGCGACUGCGGCUGCGACUGCUGCAGCAGCAGCUGCUGCGGCGCUCUCUGGCAGCUGUUGGGGCAGCAGUGGCAACGGCGGCGUUGUAGGCGGCGGCAACACCAGCGGCGCCGGCGCGCCCAAUGCCGGAGCAAGCGGCGGCGUCCCCUCCGAUAGCGCGGCUUCAGGCGUUGAGAUGAGGGCCAUCUCGAAGCUCAGCACUUUCAUGAGCAUCCCGCAUCUGAUGGGGCGGCGCUUCAACGGCAAGUCGGUGCUGCAGCUUAAGAGCGCGGGCGACAUCUCAUGGCGCAAGGGCCAGAAGCUUUGGAAGCCGCUGUGGCGCAAGCUCAACCUGGUUGUGCGGCGCGUCGCUGAGUGA